AUGAAGUACGCUAUCUCGCCUCUCGCUUUUGCCGUAGGCUCUUCAGCCUUGGCCAUCCGCGGCCAGAGCCAGCAAUGUGUUCAGCUCCAAGCUUCAGGUGGUGCCUCCGGAACCCUCGGCCAGCUAUCUGAUGGACAGAACCGCGUCGGUGGUGGUCACAGUGCUGCUUGCUACUGCCUCGAUGGUAACGGUGGGUUCACGGACAGCAAUGGCCGUGGCUGCAUCCUCACCCCUCCCACCACCCAGUUCCAGUGCGAUUCUGGCGCUAGCCCUACCAACGGCUUUGCCAUCAACGGAGGCUCCGUGACCUACAAUGGGAGCUCCAAGUUCUAUGCCUGCCCUGUCAAUGACAACAACGAGUACAACGUUUAUACCCAGCCUGCCCCUGGCCAGGACAAGUGUGUCGAGAUCACCUUGAGUGCUGGCCAGUCUUGUGGCGGAGGCAAUGGCGGAGGUGCUUCUGCAUCUUCUUCGCAGCCAGCCCAGUCGCAGCCAGCCCAAUCGCAGCCACCAAAGGCGUCUCAACCUCCUGCUUCGCAGCCAGGAUACUCAGCUGCUCCACAGCAGUCCCAGCCGCCGAUGGAGUCUCAAACCCCUAAGCCUUCGCAGUCGGCUCCUUCUCAGCCCGGUUAUUCUGUUCCGCCUAAGGAGUCGCAGCCUCCCGCUUCUCAACCUCCCAAGGAAUCUCAGUCACCUGCUCCUUCGCAGCCAGGCUACACAGUCCCCCCUAAAGAGUCUCAGCCUCCUAAGCAAUCCCAACCUGCGUCUUCGAAGCCCGCACCAUCCCAGCCCGCUCAAUCCCAAUCAGCUCCCUCCCAGCCUGGAUACUCUGUUCCUCCGCAGUCCCAAUCCGCCGCCUCUAAGCCAGCUCCAACUCAGCCAGCUUCCUCAAAGCCCGCUCAGUCCCAGCCUGUCGCAUCGCAGCCUGGUUACUCAGUCCCUCCUCAGUCUCAGUCUGCUCCCUCGAAGCCUGCUCCUUCCCAGCCUGCUCAAUCUAGCCCCCCAUCCAACGGUAACGGAAAUGGAACCGGCUGCCCCGCAGACCUAAACGGCGAAUACCAGUAUCCCCACUUGAUUGUACCCGUCUCCUCGUCCCAGCCAUCUAACGCCCCUGGCACUUCCUACAACGGCAAGGCCAACGGCGACGUCUGCUCGCUGUUCAACUUCGACAUUCCGCAGUCGUACUCUGGCCACAGCUGCUCUCUAGUGUUCUUAUUCCCUGAGCAAAAGGACCUCGAGACUUCCAGCUACACCGUCUCCGGCUCCGGCGGCCUUGAGUUCUCCAAGUGUGAUACCAACGCCAGCCAGAAGACCUCUUGGGACAACAAGGGCACCUGCACGGCCGUCAAGACCGUUGACAACGUUGCUCCUGGUAACUCGUACACUAUUGUGUCCGACUCUUGCGCUGCUGGUCAGACUGUUACCUACCAGAUGUGCUCCACCGGAGGCCUGUCAUUGGAGUACUUCCAGGACUACAAUCCUAGCCCCAUUGGCGCGUACGUUCGCGAGUGCUAG